AUGAUUUUCCAAUUUCUCAGAGCCUCCCUCACACGGGCCAAACAACCCAGCUUCUACUUCACCCUCGUUGAAACGGCAAAGAGCUUUUUCCAAGCCAACCCAGGCUACAUCACCCCCGUUGCACUCAUAACCGCCGUCUUCGGCACAACCUUCUCCCCAGAAGCCAACCGCUGCAGACCCUACUGCUCCCGCUUCUACUCCAAAAUGACGGAAACCUUCUCCUUCGACUGGCCGGCAAUCAUCUGCCUCGUCGUCUGCCUCGGCCUCAUGCCCGCCGCCUACUUCCUCACAAACCACUACCUCCCCGCCUCCAAGAACAAGAGCCGCGCGCGCUUCCUCUUCGCCUGGCACGCCUACGACGCCCUAACCCACCUCCUAAUCGAAGGCUCCUUCCUCUGGGAAUGCUUCACAAGCUGGGCGCCCGUCGCCGGUAUCCACAGCCCAGAACCCUUCUUCCUGAAUAAGCCUGAUCGCGUCUACGGACCCGCCUACGGCACCGGGCCCUCUGCGCGGCUCUGGCAGGAAUACGCAAAGGCCGAUCGUCGCUGGGCUGGAGCUGAUAUCACCGUUGUCUCGCUGGAGCUGCUUACCGUUUUGCUGGGCGGACCGGCCGCGAUCUAUAUCUGUUAUUUGAUUUGGAAGGUGGCUAAUGCAAAGGCUUUGGGAUCGGCGGUGCGGGGCGGGUUGAAGGCGCAGCUUAGUUUUGCGAUGACGGUGCUGGCGACUGCGGAGCUUUAUGGGGGUUUUAUGACCUUUGCGCCGGAGUGGUUGACGGGCUCGACGCAGUUGGCUACGCAUGAUUUUGUUUACAAGUGGGUUUAUCUUGUUUUCUUCAAUGGGCUUUGGGUUUGUAUUCCGCUUUGGGUUUUGCGGCAGGUGUGGGUUGAUGGGAAGGUUGCUUUUGUGGCUAAGGAGACCGCUGUGAAGAGGCAUUAA